AUGGAUCACAAGACCCAAGAAUGCAAGGACUUGAAGGACGCCACAUGCUAUGGUUGUGGCGAGAAGAGGCACAUAAAGACCCGCUGCCCAAAGAAGGCGACUAAAGGGAAAGGCACUUUAGAUUCACAAGCUAAGCCUUGUGGAAUUUGUAAUAAGGAAGGGCACAAAGCUUUGGAGUGCCAAGGCAUAAAGGACGCAACCUGCUAUGGUUGCAAUGAAAUAGGGCACAUCAAAACAAAUUGUCCAAAUAAAACCAAGAAGCCUGGGGAGGCUAAGAAGACUAAAGUUGGGGACUCCCAAAUGAAUGCUCAAGAGGUCGUUCAGGAUGACAAUAUCACAACAGCUGUUAGAAAGGCUAUGAGAAAAGUCAUGAAAAGAUUCAAGAAGCCGAAUGCUGCUUGCUUUAAAACACAUGUCGCUGCUCAUGAGAAGAGCUAUAUUCAUACUUCAAAUGCAAAGAAUAAACCCAACAAAAGCAUAUAUGGCAAGGAGCCCCAUUCCUUUUUAGGAUGUACUUAA